UCUCCUCCUUCUUUCUCUCACUCUCUUUUCAUUAUCUAAAAUGUUUUCCUCGAUUCUGAUGAUUUCUUCAAUGAUUAUUCAACUUGUUGAUUGAUUCUGGAUCUUCGUUAUCAACUAAACUAAUAUUUAUUCCUGUAUCUAUUUUCAACUCUAAACUUGUUUCCUUUCCUACACUCACCUAUUCUUCAUUAUCUUCAAUCUUUUAUGGUGUUUAGACUUCGGAGACCAAUGUCAGGCCAGUUAUUCGGACACACCAACAAUGUACCAGAGUCAUUAUGGAUGAUUUGCCUCAAACACAUAGUCUCUAAUGAUAUUCCCUUUAAAAACGUUUGCCUUCCUCAAGAGAUCUGUAACAACCUCCUUGAAGCUUUCCGUCACCAAAAUGCCAACACGGUUGACACGGAGCGUGUUAGCAGAUUUAUAUCUCAAUUCAAGGCUGAAACCUCACCUAUUAGUGAAGCCCGUUUGGCUGAUCUUCCGAUCACCGAUCAAGAUUUAUACUACAUUUUAUCGGAGCAUACAAAUACCCUAAAGUAUUUGGAUAUUGACAAUUGUCGAGAAUUGUCUGACUCGGCUCUACUCUAUAUUCGAUAUCUUCCUACCCGAAUAAACUCUAAUAAUUUGGACAAAUUAGUAGUCACCGUCCGUGUGUUUGAACAAAGGAAUAAAGAUACUCAUAACAUCUUACUUGAUAAAAGAUAUGAAAAAGGAGUGAUAACAUCUAACCUUGGUAUGUGCGAAGCAACCUAUGUUGGAGUUAAGAACAAUUUCAUCACCAUUUUUGAUGAAAUGGGUGUGUUUGAAUAUGGAUUUGACACUCUACGACGUAAACUUUCAAAAAUGGCUGAUGGUCGAUCAUUGAUCAGAAAAUAUGCAACGACAUCAACCACAACAUCAACCCUACCAAAUGGUAAUUUAUUCUCAUCGUCAUCACCAUCAUCUUUCGAAAAAUCUGACCUGAUGGAAUGCCUGGUUAGACCUCUAGGUAAAUCAGCUACUGAACCUCUCGUCUCAGGCUAUGAUAGUCCCGUCUUCGAAGACUCAGAUAUAAUUAGAGAUCAUGUCAGAAGCGACAAAGAUGGACAGGACAUUGUUCGUUACCUUGACUACAAAGCCUGGUGUAAAUCUCCAUUAGAAACCUUAAUCAUUGGUAAAUGUAAUCAAAUAUUUCCAGACUCGGAACCUGACCUUGUCACCAUCGCCGAGAAGAAACAACAUCUCCUCAAUCCUUAUCUUCCUUUGCAAACCUUGGUAAUACAUGAAGUAAAUCCAUCUGGAAAUCAACGCUACCUGGAUACUCUGAUAACCCCUAUGAUGAACGAAACUUUAACUUACCUGGAUUUAAGCAAUUGUAACUCAAUUGGGGAUGGACAAGCUUUCACCUCAUUAAAAAAUCUUAAAGUUUUGAUUCUGUAUAACUGUCCUCUCUCACCGGCUGCUCUCAGGAAAAUUGCUCAGCUUAAAACUUUAAGAUCGUUAGAUAUCUCAUCUUCUAAUGAACGCCAUGGACAUUGUUUCAAAUCUCCAGACGCACAACUAGCUGAACUGGUUACAGCAUUACCUAAUCUCACCCAUCUUGAUAUAUCUGGCACUAAUUUAGCUGGCGAGCGAGCUGAUACCAUAAUUGGACUUAGUAGUCGAUAUGAUAGGCCGUUCGAAUUUUUAGGACUUUACAAUACUCAAUGUGAUGCAUCCUUUAGAGCCAGGAUACCUGCCGUUAAAGUUGCUGGUGAAUCAACAGAAGAUCAAAUUCUAACUGCUUGUGAAGUCUAUAUGGACAGAAUCGAACCAUUAAGAAAAGCGUUGAAUGAUCUUUUCCAUUGUUUCCGAAUAGAGAGUGAAUUCCAUGCUAUCAACAGGUCAUUGAAUGUUGUUUUAACGGCAAUGGCAAGGCAUUUAAAUGAAAAGCAAAUACAAAUCGCUGCAUCAGCCUCCCUGUUUUAUAUUGUUAAGUCAGAUGAAGCUAAAAAUUAUAGCCCUCAAGUUAAAAGGCCAAUUGUAACUAGAUUAUUAGAUGCAAUGCAACGUUACAAACAUGAUAAUGUGAUGCUCAGAAAUGGAAGCCUCACUUUAAUUCAUUUUAAGUUACCUCAAGAUGUUUUAUUCGAGUACACACGCAUGGUAGAAAUUUUACUUUUAAUUGUUAUGAACGAUGACGAUGAUUUUAUCCAGAGAUUAGGAAUCUAUCUUUUAAAUUCUUUGGCUUGUCAUGUGGAUGGGGAACAGAAGACACUGGUUGGCGAUCUAGGGGCAAUUGAUAAGUUAAUUACUUUAAUCGAAGCUCGAUUAAGUCGUCGUGUCUGUGAUGAAGUAAUGGAGAUUGCCUGGAGUACAAUGUGGAACGUGACAGAUGAGAAUCCAAUUAAUUGCCAACGAUUUUUGGAUAAUCAUGGAAUGGACCUUUUUGUGAAAUGUAUGAGUACUUUUCCAGAACCACCAGAAUUACUUCGUAACAUGAUGGGUCUUCUAGGAAAUGUUGCUGAAUGUGAAGAUCUCCGACCCCGAUUAAUGAGGCCCGAGUACAUUGUAAGAUUCAGUGAACUUCUAUGGAGUGAAAGUGAUGGUAUUGAGGUCAGCUACAAUGCUGCUGGAAUACUUUCUCAUAUUGUUUCGGAUGGGCCUGAGGUAUGGAAUCAAUUUCUUGGCUCUGUCGAUCGUGAUAAUGUUUUAUUUAGAAUGAAAACUGCCAUUGGCCGUUGGACAAUCAAUUCUAAACGAAAUAUCAAUUACAGAUCUUUCGAACCUAUUUUACGUUUAUUAAAAUCUAAAAACCCGGUUUAUGAAGCGCAAUACUGGGCUGUUUGGGCCUUAGCUAAUCUUACAAGGGUAUAUUGUUCUAAAUAUUGUCAAUUACUGAUUGAUGAUGGAGGCGUUGAGACAUUACGGGGUUUACUGAACGAUACUCAAAUGCCAUUCCAUGUCAAACAAUUGGUUGAUCUUACCCUUUAUCAAGUAGACAAAUGGAAAGUGUUUGGUCAUCUCGAUGGUUUAGAAGAAAGCUCGGAAAUUGAAAUUGGAGGAACGGUUAAUUUUUUCUGAUUUCAUAGUCGACAAAAUGUUAAAAGAAAGUUCUAAUCUUUAUAAAUAGAUGUUUCAUAGUAAAAGAUAAAAUGAGAAUGGGAACAAGCAUGUGGUGAAAAGCUUACCCGAAGUGCAUUUCUCAUGUGAUUUUGUGAUUUUUUUCAAAAUCAACUCUACUAAACCAUCUAUCUUAACUCAAACUUUCCUGAUGCCCUGCAAAUUAAAUUACUUGGUUUCAAUAUCUCCAUCUUAGAUUUUUUGUGAAACCAAAAACUUUCCCUUUCCCUUUAUCUUUCUCUCAUCUAUUCAUUGUGCAAAAUAGACUAAAAUUUAACUCUCUAUUUACCCAUACAAAUAUAUAUAUAAAUAUUAUAUAUAAAAAUUCCACACAAACAAAGUUAGUUGUAUAUUGUGGGAUGCAUCGCCUCAUGAAUGUUAUGAUGCGUUGGAUUAAUGGUUUAACACAUUCAAUAUUAGCUGAUAUUACAAAUAUAAAGAUCAUCUAUGUUUUUGACUCUAUUUUACUUUUGCUGUUGUCAAAUAACUCAAGAGAUGUAGAAAACUAUUCACUCAUUGACCAAAACCCUCAUUUCCCUUCUGUGGAUGGCACCAAAAUCAUACCUGGAAGCGCUAAAUUAUAAAAAAUAUACAAUAAGCGAUGAAUUUUCAAAACGAAGAAGCCAACUGUAGACCUUCUACAUGUCUCAUUAACAAUCAAACCGUCAUCUCCAUCAUCUGGACGUUUUCCUCAUUUAUCUAAUCAAGAAGCCGUCAAGUUUUCAAGAAAGCGAAUAUAUAUAGAUACCAGAAGAUUUACCUAAUCUGUCUAGUGAUUCAAUGUCCUUUACGAAAUGGAACAGCAAAAGCAAAUAAAAUAAUCUGGUAAUUUAAUUUUACAUUAUUUUUGGAAACGUAAAAACUCAACUCCAUCACCAAUGUCUUGAUUCAACAAGUGCGAGCAAUCUUUCUGGAAGUGUGAUAAUAAGUAAAUCUGGAUUUUAUUCAUAGUUCAUCAUUUCGCAUCAUCAUCAACUAAAUCAUUGACAACACUUAAACGUUUAGCCGCACACACACGCAAAAAUCAAGGAUCAUAAACGAAUAUACAAUCGGAACCUCUAUCAAACCUUUCAAUUGUAAAGUAUCUAUCAACACAUGUAAACAUCAUUGCUGGCGAGCUCUCUUUCUCCUCUUCUCUAUAAAUGUUAUAACAUUUUGAUCUCAGAGUUUAAAAAUAUUUUUGUUCGUGCUUGUAUUUUUCUCGCUUUUGUACAUAAAAAAUUUGCGAAGACACAAAAUAUAACAAGUUCAAUUCGUUAGAAGCAAAAUAAUAAUAAUAAUAAUAAUGUUCAUUAAACAAUCAUCAAUCAUGGAAA